AUGCAGCUACAAGAGGCGUAUGAAACCCUGGGACUUGAGCCUGGCUCCUCGCUCGACCUUGUCAAGAGCACGUACAAACAGGUGGCCUUGCGGACCCACCCCGACAAGAAUCCCGACAAUCCAGAUGCCACUGCCAAAUUUCAGAAAGUGGGGGAGGCCUAUAACGUGCUCUUGAAAAAGCUCGACCCUGCUGCCGAGGAUUCUGACGACGAUUAUUAUGAUGAAUUCUAUGAAGAGGAAGAGGAGUUGGCCUUUUAUAUGUUUCUAUUCGAGGAAAUGAUGAGGGGCCGUGCGAGUCGACACGCUCACAUGCACUUCCGAAACCGGGAAUACGAUUUUGAAGAGAGAAGAGAAACGCCAGAGGAAUACGCGGAACGCCUGCAACGCUCUAGACAAGACCAGAUUGAAGCCCAGCAACGUCGUCAGAGAGAAGCAGCUGCUAAAAGGGCACAAGCAGAGAUGGAUCGUGAGAGAGAGCGGGAAGCAGCUGAGAAACGUCAGACCGCGAAGAAACAGGCUAAGAAGGCGCAAGCACAAGCAGAUCGCACCAAAGCUCAAGCCACCGCUCGGUCAACGCAACAACUCGAACAGGCCAAACGGAGUGCUGUGUUCGCCUCCGCUCGCGCGGGAAGGAGCGAGGAAGUGAAGAAAGGUGUUUGGGAGGACAAUGUUGAUGCUGCGGGCGGAGAGGUCAAAGCGGGCUGUGACCAGUUUGUCAAGGCGAUACCUCAAGAUCGUAAAGAAACUCUGCUGCAUAUCACGGCUCGGAACGGAGAUAAAGAAUUGGUUGAAUGGCUUGACGCCCACAGUGCGGAGCCUGAAGAACGGGAUUCCAAGACAUAUACGGCAUUUCAUUCUGCUCUCGAGUCCGGUCAUAUUGCUGUGGUCGAGUACUUCUUCCAAACACACGACCACAAAGACUCGGCCACUAUCUAUGAUCCUCCUGAAUCGAAAACGCUGCUCUCACUCGCAGUCAACUCGCAUGAGCCUGAGCUAGUUUGGAUGAUUCUCGACAAAGGUUUGGCGACCCAGGUGGAAAUUAACGAAUCUUGGACAUGGAUCACAUCAAGUGGCGGUCGAUCUUCAAUGAAGAACCACCCCAGGGCUAACGAAAGCCAAUUUGAAGACAUUCUGAAGCUACUCAUGCGCUACGGAGGAUUUACCCCGCCUUCAACCCCAAGUAAUAGUGGCCAUUGGGAUGAACAGCCAGAAACACCGACAACUCCGAAAUCCAAAGGCAAUCGAGGCAGGGGUAGAGGUCGUGGGCGUGGGCGCGGUCGUGGACGUGGAAACUGA